AUAUCCUAGCGCGUAAUGGCGGUGUUUGAGCUAGUUUUAUACCACGGUGAAGUCUAUUUAUUUAUUUAUUUUUUUAACCUAGUCUGCUGCUCUCUUCCCCCAAAUCAGGAAUCAGGUUCCAUCUUUCUCCAGUUCAGCUCCUCGACGGCCCUCCAACUGGAGGUCAUAUUUGAGGUGCUGGAAGAGUACGACUGGACCUCCUUCUCUGUGGUAUCCACACGUCACCAUGGCUACCAGGAGUUCCUGUCGGUGGUGGAGGGCCUGACGGACGGCUCAUUCAUUGGCUGGGAAAAGAAGAGCGUGGUCACCCUUAACGUGACUGACGACCCCGGGGGUGCGCGGACGCGCAGGCUGCUGAAGGAGAACGAGGCGCAGGUCCGCUUGCUGUACUGCUCCCAAGAGGAGGCCGAGCUGGUCUUCCGAGCGGCCUGGGCCGCCGGUCAGGCUGGGGCUUCACACAUGUGGUUCGCUGUGGGGCCCGCUCUCUCAGGUUUAGGCAUGGAGAGCCUGCCAAGGGCUCUGUUUGCCGUGCGGCCCCAGGGAUGGAGAGAUGAACCCCGCCGGAGGAUAGCGCGGGGAGUGUCGGUGCUGACGCACGGGGCAGUGGCCAUGCGCAAAGAUUAUGGGACGACGGGUGGGCCGAACUUUGUCACCAACUGCAUGACGGAUGCCAAUCAGACCCAGAGAAUGCGGGGCAGGAUGAGGUACUUCAGCAACAUCACACUCGGUGGCCGAGAUUACUCCUUCGACGCUGACGGCUAUCUAGCCAAUCCCUUCCUAGAUGUCAUUUCCUGGACACCUGGUAGAGGAUGGGAAGAUGUAGGCUGGUGGGAGAAUGGCGUACUAAGGCUGCGAUACCCGGCCUGGUCCCGCUAUGGGCCUUUCCUUAAACCUCCAGACGACGCCCAGCACCUGCGUGUUGUCACGCUGGAGGAACGACCCUUUGUCAUUGUGGAGCUGGCAGACCCUGCAUCUGGAACUUGCAUCCGAGACUCAGUGCCCUGCAGACGGCCCCUCAAUGCCAGCGCCAACCAUGAAGGAGUGGCUCCCAUGAAGCAAUGCUGCAAGGGUUUCUGCAUCGACAUACUCAAGAGAUUGGCCAAGAUAGUUGGCUUCACCUACGACCUUUACCUGGUGACCAACGGGAAGCACGGCAAGAAAAUUGACGGCAUUUGGAACGGCAUGAUUGGAGAGGUGGUAUACAAGCGGGCAGACAUGGCCAUUGGCUCUCUGACUAUCAAUGAAGAGAGAUCAGAGGUUGUGGAUUUCUCUGUCCCUUUUGUGGAAACGGGGAUCAGUGUCAUGGUCUCCCGUAGCAACGGAACUGUAUCACCAUCUGCUUUCCUUGAGCCUUACAGCCCAGCAGUGUGGGUGAUGAUGUUCGUCAUGUGCCUGACCGUCGUGGCUGUGACUGUCUUCAUCUUCGAGUUUUUCAGUCCUGUGGGCUACAACCGCAGUCUGCAAACUGGCAAGAAGGCUGGAGGGUCUACUUUCACUAUAGGAAAGUCUGUGUGGCUUUUAUGGGCCAUUGUCUUCAAUAACUCUGUUCCCGUGGAAAACCCCAGAGGAACGACGAGCAAGAUCAUGGUGCUGAUCUGGGCCUUCUUCGCCGUCAUCUUCCUGGCCUCGUACACUGCUAACCUGGCGGCCUUCAUGAUCCAGGAGGAGUACAUUGACACGGUGUCAGGGCUGUCAGACAAAAAGUUUCAGCAUCCCGAGGAGCAGUACCCACCGCUAAAGUUUGGCACGGUGCCCAACGGGAGCACAGAGAAAAAUAUCCGCUCCAACUACCCAGACAUGCACCAGUACAUGGGAAAAUACAACCAGAGAGGAGUCGAGGACGCCAUUAUCAACCUUAAGACUGGGAAACUGGAUGCUUUUAUUUAUGAUGCUGCAGUAUUGAACUAUAUGGCCAGGAAGGACGAAGGUUGUAAGGUGAUGACCAUAGGCUCGGGGAAGGUUUUUGCCACCACAGGCUACGGUAUCGCCCUGCACAAAAACUCACGCUGGAAACGUCCUCUUGACUUGGCCCUUCUUCAGCUGGUGGGAGAUGAUGAAAUUGAAAUGCUGGAGCGCCUUUGGCUGUCAGGUAUCUGCCAUAAUGACAAAAUUGAGGUGAUGAGCAGUAAGCUAGAUAUUGACAACAUGGCUGGGGUCUUCUAUAUGCUUCUGGUGGCUAUGGGCCUCAGCCUACUGGUGUUUGCCUGGGAACACUUGGUCUACUGGAAGUUACGCCAUUGCAUGGCCACUAGCUCAGGCAAACUUGACUUCCUCCUAGCUAUCAGCAGGGGCAUGUAUAGCUGCUGUAGCUUUGAAAAUGAAACAGCGCCAGGGGGUGCUAAAUCUUUGACUUCUCAUCACCACACUACUAUGGUUCCUGUUCCAUCUCAACCACAUGUUAUCUCAACGUCAAUGACGAGUCCAGCUAUUGCUAUAGCACAGCAACAGCAACCGCCACAACAGCAAUCACAGUCGGUUUACAAGUCACCUCUACCUGGUUCUCCUCCCACCGUGUUGCAUUCAGGAACAGCAGUGGGUCCCUCCAGCACGCCCAUUGCUGGUGCACCUCUCCCUUGCUCCACUUUCCUGCCCCGGCCAGAUCGGAGAUUGGCUGUGGUGGAUCGCUGGAGACUGCCCAAAUCUGCAACAACUACCAACCCAAGGGCUGUAAGGGGUGGUCUUCCUGAUAUGGGGCCUUUUGCUCAAAAAGUACCACCAAACCGGGCUACAACUGCUGGAGGAGGUGGGGGACUUGAUGGUUAUAAGAGAUACUAUGGUCCCAUUGACCCUGAGGGACUGGGGCCCUGCAUGGAGCAGCAGGCAGGGUCCCAGACCCCCAAGACUAUGCCAAGGGGCCACCCCCAGCCCCCUCCAGCCACUGUGGCCUUCUACUCUGAAAAGAGCAUGGACCAUGGGGUAGGGAAGAGGUUGGUGGGUGGUGGCAGUGGAGGUCAGGGGAAAGUGGCUGUUAAACCUCUUGGAACCCCGAGACUGCCUCCAAAGAGUCAAGCCCCUCUGCCUCCUACACCUCCACUGCCACACCCCUCUCCUCCUCUUCCCUCAUCUUUUUGGAGAAGACGAAGGCCCAAGAAGCCCAAAGAACCUGGAGGACCACUAUACGAGAACAUUCUGCCCCUAGGGCGGAGGGUAGAGGCACAAGAUGGAGUGAGGGAGGGAGGAGGAAGAAGAGCAUGCCCCCUCUCUCCCCCACUCUCACUCCCUGUACCAGUACCCCUCAGCCCAUCCUAUACCCCUCCCUCACCGUCUGCAUCCUUGGACUAUACAUCCUCAUCUUCUUCAUCGACUACAUCUUCAACGUCCACUUCCUUAUCUGGCUCAUCUUCUCGUUCCACCUCCCCCACAUACUCUUAUAGCUCCUCCAGGAGCACACGGGACAGGGCCGGAGGACUCGAUGAAGAGGAUGAUGAUGAUGAUGACGAUGAGGAGCUCACAGAAGAGUCGAGCCUUCUCCUUGGCAGGGGCCGAGAGCGGGAACGCUCAAUCAUUCGGCCUCGUUCCUUGAGCCAUGGGCGCUUGCCUCCACCUAUACCACCGAGGAAACCACGCACAUCCUGGGGUGACAGAGAACGUGAGCGAGAGAGGGGGGGCAGCCAACUGUCUCAACUUCAAGAGUGGUGGGCAAGCUGGAGUGAGAGAGAGAAAAGUGGAGGUGGGGCAGAUGCUGAGAGGCAAAAACGUGAAAAGAAGAGGAGAAAAGAGAAGAAGAAAAAGAAAAGGAACAAAAAGAGAAAGAAAAGGGAAGAAAGGGAAAGAGAACGUGAGAGAGAAAGGAAAAGAAGAAAAGUGAAAAAGAAGAAGAAAAAGGCACUCAAGACAAAGAAAAGGAAGAAAUCUACUGGGGGGAAAAGAUCAGAGCCAGAAGAUGGAGACAUGGAGCCAGAGAGGGAAGGUGAGGUGGAAGGAGAGAGGGAAGUGGGUAUCCAGGACUACUCUUCCUUUUCUGCUCAGUAUCGGAGUACAUUUGGAGAGAAGCGGCGAGAUUCAUGGGAUGGAGAGCGGGGGAGAGUGGGAAGAGAUGGAGGUGAGGAGGGCAAUGACAGGGAAGGGGAGGACAGUGGGAGAAGUAGAGAAAGGCAUUCCAAAUCAUCACACACUCAUUCCAGACAUCGUGCCCCCAGCAAGCGUUACACCAACCUGAACAAACUCCCAGCCUCAGUCAAAUUUUGGGUUAACGGAAGGGGAGAUGACUCAAAUACUCCCCCCUCAUCCCUGCACCCCUUCCUCCCAUCCAGCAGGCGACGAAGAAGUGGUGGCAUAGAUAGAGAUGACAGUGGCAGGGGAGGAGAGAGGCGUCCUUUGUUGAUGCCUUAUGAAAAAGAAAAAGCACAGACCAGAGAGGGGCUUUCCUUACAUGAGUGGGACUCUGAUGAUGAUGGGGAUGAUGACGAUGAGGAAGAUGAGGGUAGGGAAAGAGAUAGGGAUCGGGCGGGGCAGCGAGGAAGGGGGACAGGUCUGAAGCAGGGAACACUGUCUGAAACAGGGAGGGACAGGAUAGAAAGAAGGGGAGAGGACAGUUACUCAGAUGAAGGCUCAUCAGGGGAGUUUGGCCAUUUUGAAAGGUAUUGGGAGGGAGGUGGCGGGAACAGCUCUGGGAUAGGGGGUAUAGGUGGCGGAGGGUGGUUCUUUGGCACAUACCCCUCGAGAGAGAGAGGAGGCAGUAUUAAUAGUCGGGAUGAUUCCUUCCUUGGAAUUAGGACAGAGGGCUGGUUUGGUACUGAUUUUUGGAGUUCCGGGGCCGGUGUAGGUUGGGAAUCAGGGGGAGGGAGUGGAGGACUGGGCACACAGUUGCCACCACCCCCCUCAGCAUUCCCACUACCAAGGAGAUACUGGUCUAUGGACAAGAUUCCUAUUAAAGGAGAGAAAAAGUGGAAGACCGGAAGUAAGAAAAGUAAGAGGCAAGCAAGGGACAGAGUGGAGGAAGCUCGAAGGGCCACAAUGUGUUCUUGUAGCCUUUACCCACAUCCCCAUCCCUACCCACACCCACACAGCCGCUCACACUCCUCCCAUUCCAAAAGGCAGUCACUAUCGCAGAGCCAGGAAGAGCUUCUCCCCCACUGCCAAAGUUUCAGCGGGGGCUCUCGGCCCCAACCUCUUCCUCCCAAAGCAGAUUCCAGUCAGGCCAAAUCAGGCAGCCAAUCCAACCUCAGCACACAACCCACUGACUUAUCACCUCAACCUCCACCGUCACCACCUCAGCAGCCAUCUCUUUCUCCUACUACCCUCCCAAUGCCUAUCCCGCCUCCGCCCUCCUCAUCUUCAGUCUCACCUCCAGCAGGAGUGGGGAUGGCUGGCUCAAGCCAGAUUCAGGCUUCAGCCAGUGCCAAACUCCAGUACCAGAGACUCCGUUCUGUGCCACAGCCACGAAGGUUCUACUCACCUCACCUGCCACUUAAAGCCAAGAGUCUGUGCUCGCGUCGAGGGUCAGCCCACUUCUCCAGCCUGGAAAGUGAGGUAUGACAGGGGGAGAUGAGAGAGGGAGACGUAGAAACGAGCACCUCUGUGAUAGAGCACCAUGGUGCCGUGCUUGCUGGACCCAUAGACAUGGCUGCCUUGGUAACCAUAAGUAAGCGAUUGACGGCCAUCACAGCGGGCACUAAUUUGGACAGUGGUUCCAAUGCUGUCUUUGCUUUACACGAGAGCAACACCACCGCCACCCGCUCCCUUGUACACGUUGUAGUCAGGGCGACGGUGAGACACCACACCAGGUUAAGCUAUCCCCCCUUGGAUGGUUCCCAGGAGGACGAGAGUGAAGUCAAGGGCCCAUUACCAGGGACAAUAGCUCCAGAACUUCUCCACCGCUCAGAGUUGAGCUUUGUGAUGUCAUCUUCGGUUCUCCUCCCCUCACCGGGUCACAGCUAAUGGAUAAGUUAACUCUCCAAUCUGUGAGUAAUGAUGUCAUAUUUCUACACGCUCACAAAAUGUGUCAUUUGCUCAAAACGUCUCCCUCCCUCUGGCGUUGAGAACAAUUUGGUGGGUACAAGAGAACACCCCUUUUCCCUUAUGGCACCUUUUAGCAAGAAUAGUGGACUGGUUCUAGAAGAUGAAGAGGUGGGCCCCUUCUUUGCUUUUGUAAAUCAGUUGAUACGAAAAGUAAUUCAGUCACCUCUCUCAUGCACUCAGUCAGCCUGAUCACCUUUCACUGAGGAAGUGGAGACAAUGCUACUUAUAUACUCUUUGACUUAGCGACACCAUAAGACUCAUCUAGCUCUACCCCUACCACCACCUACUCUAUGUGAUGUCAUGUUUUAUUAGAAACCAGUCGGACGGAACAGGAUCCACUCCUCCAUGUUGGAGUUUUUGGUCCAAGGGAAAUUUGAAGAACAAAAAAGACAUUAGCAUCUUCAUUUCUUUCUUUCUAAUGUUUUUGGUUAACUUCAUCUCUUAUCUCCGACCUUGUUUGAUGUUAUGAAUGUGUUUCUAUCACUUGGUUAGUGUUUUAAGAAAGAGGAGGCUGGAUGUGGCUCGUGAUGGAAGUGGGAUUUAUUCAAUUGUUGUGCCAACUAUCCCCACUAAAGCUUAUAAGUGAGAUUAGUUUUCACAUCAUUUAUUUCACAGAGAAAGUGCUAAGUUAUUAUUCCACAACACACCACCCUAUAAUCGGAUCAAGGGGAUGAUUGGUGCAGUAUGUGUAAUUGGCACUAGAUGGCUGCAUAAUAUUCAAGUAAGCUUUGGAGACAAUUGUGGAAUUAUGCUCUGUUUAAUAUUUGAAUUUACAUAAUAGACAGCUGGAGGUGUGCCGCUGCUUAUUGAUUUUACAAAGGUGGCCGUUGGGAUGAUGAAGACUGGGAAAGUGCAAUGCAUUGGAAAAAAAAAGAUAUUAUUUUCCACAACAACACUGUUAUCCAGACAGAUUUUGGAGGUGGUUUACAUUAAGCACAGUUAUUCAUUGUACUUUUCAGGCGUAUGUGCAACAGUUCUAACUGCACAAUCCACAGGUCACGUUAUUUGCCUGCAUGUUUAAAAGCGUCACUUGUUUUUCAUUGAGAGUAAUUUUUUAAGGAUCGAAUUAGAAGAUGCAGAUUUUGUUGAACAUUUACUUACAGUAGAGUUUAUCUUCAGUUUGGAAAAAUUCAACAAGAUAUACUGUGAAUGGUUUGAGGCACACAUUCAGUGACUGACGCGUCACCGAAUACAUUCAGUAAUAACUAUAUUUAGGACAGACUGUAUGACUGAGCAAUAUUCCCACCUUCAAAGUGAGAGGACACAACAGCUGAAAAUUUGUGUUUAAAAUGGGAUAUUUUUAUCAGCUGGGCUCAGACAUUCUGCAUCUCUGAUUUACUUUCAACGGGUUCAAUCCAAUUUUGUCGGGUGUGAUUUUUAACGACAUAGAGGCGGCGGCGCGUGGCUCCAACUGAGCAGUACACCUUGGAAGUGCUUUGUGUAGCACUGUCUCGUCGCGAGUCGCUCCAGAAGCCAUCCACUGUGUUAACGGCGGCAGUGUUGCCAGCAUUGCAAUUGACAGAUUCCAUUUUCAUCGGGCCAAGGCGUUCGCCUAAUCUCUCACACUAAGACAAGCCACAGCCGAGCUCUUCUUCUACUCCAGUUGAAUGUAGCUUUAUCACAAUGUAGCAAAAUAACAUCUACUUUUAGUCUUUGUAGCUUUUGGGAUGCUGUUGAUAAUGGUUACGUGGGAUGACUUGCUGUAUGAGGGACUGUGCGUUACGUUUGUGCAUGUUGUCACAGAUUGAAGGCUUAGUUGACCUUCUCAAUUUCCCCAUGAACUCCUUUGCCUUUCACUUAGGGCAGACUAUCUUUUUUACUUGCACUUGGAUUGCUUUUUUUUUCCUGUCUGCGUGGGGGAAUUUAAAAGAAAAAAAAAAAUCUGUCAUCAUAACAUCGAGCUCCUUUUUCCAUUUCCACCCUUUAAAAAGUCCCCGAAUAAGUGCAUGUUGAACUGAAAUAAAUCUCAAAGAUUUGUGGUGGGAGGGUUAUGUUGUUCAAUUGGGAGCAAAGGAAGCCGCCUUUUGCAAUUUGGUAUUGAGCUUACUUUCCGCUUCGUACCAAUGCAAAUAACCACAGCAACAUUUUCAAACAACCAACAGGGCUUAAACCUGCUGUGACAUUGAGCGGUAUUGAUUUCAAUUGAGGCGCUAAUUCUUAAGUCUGUGACUGCAUGAACAGAAAGUGUCUCUUAAAAUAUUUUGCUCCUUUUUUUAUUUUCUUUUAUGCUGAAGAAAAAAAAAAAGAAUAUAUUAAAUAUACUAUGUUUUUGAGAAUGUACCAUGUUAUACUGUGAUUUAACUGAGAUAUUUUAUUGUAUUCAGAUCAUUUGAAUUUUAUCAUUUAUCAAGAAAUAUAUAUGUACAAAAAAUAUAUACAUAUAUAUAUAUAUAUAUAUAUACAAACACACACAGGUAUAUAUAUUAGUUAAGUUUGGUAUAUCUGGAGGAAGUGUUAGAUGAGCUAGUUUUAAAUGUUUUAGCUUUGUAGCAAAACUAGAAAUUGAAAUCCUUUUUGAAUUUUGAUUCCUCCUAUAUGACUGUGAAGACAUUAGUGCCUGUGACAAAAAAAAGACAAGUAAAAGUCUUAACUCGCUAUUCAUCUGUAUCUACUACAGCUACACUUGAUUCCCCCCAUCCCUCCUCCCCAAACACUGCUAUGUUCCUUGGCACAGUCUGUGGUCUCUUUUUGCUAUUUCUUCUUCUUUUUCUAUUAGCGAGUCGUGGUCAUUCUCUACUCGUUUGGGUUACGGCAGAAAGUGAGCGUAUCUCAUGUUAAUCAGACCAUCAGUUGACAUUAGCAACUUGCCUUUUCCUUACCAUCCCGCCAUCUCUCACCUAGCAAAAACAGAGACCACUAGAUACUGUGUUCUUGCUACUUUUGACUGAUUGUUAAUGAUGAUCAAUUCAUUGCGAUAUGGAAUAACCUUUGAACAUUGUUACUAUUAAUGACGUGACUGAAGUGUGUGUAUCUGAUGACCACGCCACUGUAGCAAGUCUGGGCUGUAACCACACCACCAGCGAGCAAACGAGGCCACAGUUGCUAUGGUGUUGUCAUGGCAUCUUUCAUGGCGUUGCCAUGGUGUCCCCUGCACCACCACGACCUGGUGCCUGCUGGGUAAUAUACCAUGAAUUCCUUUACUUCCCCCGAAGCACUGAUCAAAGAUCCACCGUGCUCUGCUCAGUUCAGUCCUGGACGCGAGGUGGAAAAGAAAGUAGCUCAUGCUAGAAGGGCGUCGACACGGCCGCUGUCUCGGCUCAUCUGAUCUGGACUGGACUGGUGGAGAUGACAUUUGUUUUUAUCGUUCUCAUCUUCUAAUUCUUAGAUUUUCAGUGUGUUUCAUCUCAUAUCACUGAUAGGCAGUCAGCAGAGCAGUGUGUCUCAGUGUGUGGCUAUCAUGGAGUGCUGAGAGGUUUCAUGCCAUUUAUGCAUAUUGCAUGUGCUCCAGUCUCAUGUAAAAGCCAUCUGCGGCAUGUUUUCGUCGUAUAUUUCUCCCUCUCCAUUGCUGUGUGAAAUGCAGACAAAAGCUUUGGCCCGCAUGCAUAUUUAACACACAACGCAGACCGCACUCAGCCAAUGAUCCUCAUCGUUGAGCCGCCAUCCAAAGCAUCACCUCAAGUGGUCUGACUAUGCCGCGCACUUGGCUUUCAUAAUUUAGGAGGCAAUAAACCUGCACCUCAGUCAGCCGAGACAAUGUCUUUGUGUAUUUUCUUAGGAGAUUUUUGUCUCCAGGGCAUGAACGACAUCUGUUCUGCUUGUUUUCUGCUGUCUGUCGCUCGUGUUUGCAGUCUGUUUGGCUUCGCACUGUCCUGCCUGUCACUCUCAGUCACUUUCCGUUUAGGCACGUCCCCUUCAAUUUGUAUCCUUUACUGACUUGCCCCUCUUUUGAUUUACCCCGUCUUCCUAAUUCGCAGUGAUUUAUCAGAUUUACCGUCGUUUGCACAGUCCAGUCCAGCCUAGCACAUUAGGCUUGUCGACUGCCUGACUUUGAAAGCAAUCCUUAGUGCAGCCUCGCCACCUAAUCCCCUAUCUUUUGGCCUGAGACCUCGCAAGCGAUACAAGUGGUGCUCCGGAAUUCAAACAGGGUCCUCAUUGGCUGAAUCGGCCGUGAAUUAUAUCUAGGAAAUAUAGGAGCACCACUGGUAGCACUCACCAGGUCGAGGGUGUUAUGUACAUCUUACACCAUUCAGAGUUUCUCUUUCCCAGUACUUUUACCCACAGAAACCAGCGCGUGUAUGUGUUUGCAGCAAUGUACACAUUUCUGGUCUAGUAAUCUCUCUGAGGCUAAGGGCCUACUUGGGUUGCUAAGGCAGGUUUCUAGUGGAGGAAUGAUGUUGCUCCGAGCCCAGACUAGUCUGGUCUGUGCCCUAAUUCAAAUGUGUUAGUUUAUUUGACAUUGUCUUUCUGGGGUGGGGCUGGAGGGUCAGUGCUGCACUUACUUCUUGAGAAUUGCUUCAUAAAAUAUGAUUCUCUUUAAUUACCACCUGUGGUGCUGUGUUUCCUUCGAUCUGUGUGUCUUGAGUGCAACUGGAAGUGGUGGACUUGAAAACAUUCAGUGUGUAUGUGGGGGUCAGGGAUGGUAUGAUCGUCGAUACUGGUGAGUCCGCUAAACUGACAUUUCACUCACUUAGUGGGGUGCAUUUUUUUUUCAGGAUGCAGGAUGAUCAGCUCAAUUUCGGCGAGGCUUUCAUGUCCUGUCUGUCAUACUUUGAUUUGAUGUAGUCUGACCAAACACAAACCAACUCCUUCAUUCUAAAAAAACACUCUGCCUCAGAUUCUUCAGCCAACAUCGGCUCUGUGAUCGGCUCCAUCGCCAUGACAACAAACACAUGGGCUCGUACAACUUCAUAAACAGACCGCCAAUUGUGAAACAACACCUAAAAAGCGCCUGACACAUGAACCCCUACAGACACUUGACUGGCAAGGCUAUUAUGCAACGCUCUACCCACCACCCUCAAUCCCGCGGUUCUGUGAUCUGCUAAUUACACGUUUUGUCACUAUGAUGGGCUAAUGGCUAAUUGCAUUGUGAUGCCUUUGACUGUACACCCACUAAUGACUUCACGCUCUAAUAAGGUUGAGUUACAGACGUUUAGAUAGCAUUGUCCCGAACACUGACAUGAGGUCAGUGCUACACGUUUG